AGAAUGAUAUACUUCCGGAUUGCCACAACACCCCUCCGCCCCAGCCACAUCCCAAGAAAAAAAUUCUCAAAAAACAUCACAUCCGGUUGAUGAGGUCAAUUUUCCUCUCAGGUUCGCCAUUUCAGUUUUUUGAAGUUAGUUGCUACAAGUUCAGAGAUUUGAUUCAGAAUUACAGCGAAACAAUCACUGAGCCUGUAAGACCGUCGAGGUGCCGAUAUCCCGUGUCGCCAAAGAGGAGCAGCCCUUGAUUGUGCUCGGUCUUUUCUUUUCUUUGGCCGGGCCAAAAAUAUAUAGAAGGCUUACGCGGGUGUCGUGGAUUUUCUUAACGUGUUCCCAGGCAGGGGCGAAAGUUUUUUGUAUGAGUUGAAUACUGGUCGCGCAGCCGAAGAGGCGAAGGGGCGCUUGGGGUGUCAGCAAUGGCCGGCAAUUUUGACGCCGAGGACCGUGAGAGCUGGUACUGGGGCCGGCUGAGCCGACAGGAGGCGGUAAACCUGCUGCACGGCCAGAGGCACGGCGUGUUUCUGGUCAGGGACUCCAUUACCAUCCCCGGCGACUACGUGCUGUCUGUGUCGGAGAACUCCAAGGUGUCACAUUAUAUCAUAAACAGCAUCAGCAACAGCCGGCAGUCCGGUACAGGGCAUAUUGCUCCUCGUUUUCGCAUCGGGGACCAGGAAUUCGACACCCUUCCGGCACUGCUGGAGUUCUACAAAAUCCACUACUUAGACACCACCACGCUAAUCGAGCCCAUCAGCAAGGCCAAGCACCCGGGCCUGGCCAGUGCCAAUGUGGGGGGCGCCCCCCAGCGCCUGGAUGAACCAGAGUACGUGCGCGCCCUCUUCGACUUCCCUGGCAACGAUGAUGAGGAUCUGCCGUUUCGCAAGGGUGAUGUGCUGCGGGUUCUGGAGAAGCCGGAGGAGCAGUGGUGGAAUGCUCAGAACUCGGAGGGUCGCACCGGCAUGAUCCCCGUGCCCUAUGUGGAAAAGUACAGGCCGUCCUCCCCAAACAACGCUGCCACCACAGGGCCUGGAGGAGUUACAUCGGCAGGGAAUGCUGAUGGCAUCCGUGCUCAACCCUCAGUCCUGGGAGAACCAGGCCCCUAUGCUCAGCCUAGCCUUAACACACCAUUGCCCAACCUGCAGAAUGGCCCCGUCUAUGCCCGAGUUGUCCAGAAGAGGGUGCCCAAUGCCUAUGACAAGACCGCCCUGGCCCUGGAGGUGGGUGACAUGGUGACGGUGACCAAGAUCAAUGUCAACGGCCAGUGGGAGGGUGAGUGCAAGGGUAAGAGGGGUCACUUCCCUUUCACGCACGUGCGGCUGCUUGACCAGCACAACUCCGAGGACGACUUCAGCUGAGGGCAUCUGUGCCUGACUCCGCUCUCUCAUUCAUAUGCAUACUGUUCUACAUACAUACACACGCAUGUGUGAGCACACAGGGUUGCACCUCAAACCUCUGAUCUCCGCUUUAUCUAUUCUAGGCCUAGUGGUCCACCUCCACAAUUUUUGCAUCUUUAUAAUGGUCCAAUGUGCCACUAUCCCUCUUCCUCCAUGCCUUUGCUGAAUAAGAUGUGUAAUUGGAUUUGCCUCAUGCUAUUUUCUGGUAUUAUUAGGCUUUGGUGUCCUACAUCGAUCUAGAUACUCCAACACACACUCACUCAUAUACGCUCUUAUGAACUAAAGGACCAUUUUUUUUCCUGCAUUGCCAAUGUCUAACUCAGACUUUAAUAGAGAGAGGAGGAAAGGACCAUUGUUUCACCUGACCUGGAAGCACGCUGUCAACGAUGCGCCUCAGAUGUCCCAUCUUUGUUGGUGUCCGCUCUUUUGACUACAGUGGCACAGAGGGAUGUUUUUUUGAGCUGUAAUCCACACUACAAGUCAUGAAGCAAGGUUAAAUGUUUUUUUUGUAAUAAAAUGAAAGAAAACUGUAUUACAAGUAUAUGUAGCUGUAUACUAUUACAUGCUUGGGUGUGUGUAUUCUGGAAGUAUGAGAUAGACCUGUACAUUAAUGCAGAUACAUGAGGGAGCAAACAGGUAUGACGAGCAUAAAGAAGACAAGGGGGCAGAUGAGGGUGCCCUUCACUGUCUGGAGGACAUUUGGGGGAAAUGCAUGGUUUGGGGCCCUAUGCACUUCAGUGGGAGCAUGACACCGAAGAAGUAACAGGCAGUCUGGAAUAGGUGUAAUUUGAACUGUUCUGCUAUUUUCUUUCUCAGCCCCUCCCCCUCCCGGCCUGGAGAUAUAUGGCUUUUGAGAUAAUAGAUAUAGGUUCAGUCUAUGGGCAGUAUUUGUCUGGUUUUUACCUCCUGUUCUGUAUUUCUAGGAACCCUAAACCAAGUAGCUAAGAAUUCCACUAAUUAGCCUCUGAUAACAGGUGUCUGUUUGCUCUUAUGAACGUGCCUCUGUCACCACCCCCCUUUCUGCCUGUAUGGAGAUUAGCCGGCAUCCGUUCCCCGUCGGCCGGGACUCUUAGUAAGUCACAGAUGGAGCUGCAGCUCAUUGCCUAAUGCAGUCACUCUCCAGCCACAUUUUUAAAGGUAUAGGGGUUUCAGGCACUGGGGGCUAAAUAAACCAUGGUUCUGGGGCUUGUGAUUUUGCAGAUUUUAGUGUCUCUUUAAUCCAGUUGACCUCCCACUAGGCGUCUCCCUACUGCUUCAGCCACAGAGAAUUUCUUUUUUUUUUUAAUGAAAUCUAUAAAGUGCUGUAUAUACUCAUGUAAAGGGUUAAACACUAAUAGUAUUUAUUAGCUGUCAUGAACACACUAGCAGUCAUAUAGAUACCUGUGAUUGGAGAGUUUUAGGGACUUGUGAAAACAGCAUCUGAUUUUGAUGAAUUUUAUAUUCUUAUGACAUGGGUCACAUGACAAUCAUGCCCGGCAUGCUGGACAGCAGUAGACCUCUGCCGGUACUACACUGUGUUCUUAGGCUCUGUUUGGCCUGCUUUCACAGCAGACAUUCUCCAAAAACCAGCAUCCGGUUUCAGAUACGAUCCACCACCCUGUGUGUCAGAACGUGGAAAUGUGUUUCUGUGAGUAGGGGUUGCAACAGUGCCCUUCAUCUCCCUCGUAAUGCACUACCCACAGUGCACCACUCACUGACACUGUGAAAAGCACACAUGACCCUGCACUGUUGAUACUGGGUUCCCCUGUCUAGUAGUAGCAGUUGUAAGAAGUUUAGGUUAUCUUAGGAGUAAUGUAGCUUAGUAAGCUUGGAGAGGGCAGGAGUUAGCGUAAAACUUUUUAAUUGAAAUUGUCCACAACAGUGAGCACAACUGUGCUCAAAGGGAAAGAACCUGCACCAAUAUCUAGUCAUUAAGUGAGCGCUAUGGGUAAAUGACAUGGAAGCGAAAUGCAUGCGUUGUUCUCUUCAUUGUUGCUAUGGUAAUCCAGAGACUCCAGAAAGGCAGGUAACCAGUGUUAUGUUUUAUUUUCUUAGGUUUAUAUUUGCACCCUUGAGGUAUGAGAUACAACUCAUCACAUCUAUGUAUUUGUGCUUAUUAUUAAAAAGAUCACUGCUAAAAUCUGUAUUAAGAAAAUGCAUUAAUUAAGUAUCAGUAAAGUUCAGGUGCCUCUUCAUUUACCUGAUGGAUGAACUUAAUGCAUUUGAAAGUGAGUUAUUUUGGUGGAGGUUUUUGGAUACACUAAUGAACUGGAGUAGCCUGAACCUAACCCUGACCUAAAAUCUGUAUAGCAUGUACCUGCUCGCCAAAAUAAAUAAGCCUGACAUACCGAUGCCCUUAUGGAAGAUGCAUUUCUGCCUGUAGCGUCACAUCCCUUGUAGGGCUUCAAAGGAAGCCAGUGUCAUCCCCAUGGUUACUGCCCCAGGUUAAUAACUUGCUCCAGCAUACAGAUGCUUCACACACCAAAGUUUCUUGUCCUUUCCUUUGAUCUGAACAGACUUUACUAAAAAUACUUUUUGUAUUUUAUUUUAUUUUUUUUGCCUGAAUUUUUGUAUUUUCUGAAUUUUUUAAUUCAAAUUCCAGGUCAUUUGGGGAAAAUGAGUCAUUCUAGAUUUUAUCAAGUUAAUGCAAUUAUUUCAUUUGUCUCACAUCAGAAUAUUGGUUCUCAUGUAAUCUGUUUAAAUUUGUCAUUCAUGCCUAUAUACAUAUUUUAAAGUGUCAUAUUUUUGUAACAUUGCUGGAUUAUUAUUUUUUUUUUUUGGGGGGGGGGAUACAAACUGAUUUUAAAAUGUGCCACUGUGCUAUAACAGUAUAUUCUCUGAAGGCAAAUUCACUUUAUUUUCUGUAGCAUGUAACAUGUCAUACAUACAAAAUAAACUCCCUUGGCAAAAGA